GGAGGGGACAUGACCCGUGUGACCGGAGAGAACCUGGAUGAGACUGUGGCACUCCAGGAUGUGCACGACCCUGAGCGCGCCGAGAACCACGACUGCUGCGAGCGCGUGGUGGUCAACAUCUCGGGGCUGCGCUUCGAGACGCAGCUGAGGACGCUGGCCCGGUUCCCACGCACGCUCCUCGGGGACCCGCGCAGGAGAAUGCGCUACUUCGACCCGCUGAGGAACGAGUACUUCUUCGACCGGAACCGGCCCAGCUUCGACGCCAUCCUGUACUACUACCAGUCCGGGGGCCGGCUCCGGAGACCCGUGCACGUGCCCGUGGACAUCUUCAUGGAGGAGCUCAAGUUCUACGAGCUCGGGGAAGAGGUGAUCGAGAACUUUAAGGAGGACGAGGGCUUCAUCCGGGAGGAGGAGCGGCCCCUGCCGGAGAAGGAGUUCCAGAAGCAGGUCUGGCUCCUCUUCGAGCACCCGGAGAGCUCGGGGCCCGCGCGCGGCAUCGCCAUCGUGUCCGUGCUCGUGAUCCUCAUCUCCAUCGUCAUCUUCUGCCUGGAGACUUUACCGGAGUUCAGAGAGGAGCCGCGCGCGUUUGGGGAGCUGCCGGCGGGAAACGGAACCGCGCGCGCCAAGAAGCCCAACCCGUUCACGGACCCGUUCUUCAUCGUGGAGACGCUCUGCAUCAUCUGGUUCUCCUUCGAGCUGCUGGUGCGGUUCCUCGCGUGCCCGAGCAAGCCUGCGUUCUUCAAGAACAUGAUGAACUCCAUCGACAUCGUGGCCAUCAUGCCCUACUUCAUCACGCUGGGGCUCCAACUCGCGGAGCACCAGGGGAACGGGCAGCAGGCCAUGUCCCUGGCCAUCCUGCGGGUCAUCCGCCUGGUGAGGGUCUUCCGCAUCUUCAAGCUGUCCCGCCACUCCAAGGGGCUCCAGAUCCUGGGGCAGACCCUGAAGGCCAGCAUGCGGGAGCUGGGCCUGCUCAUCUUCUUCCUCUUCAUCGGCGUCAUCCUCUUCUCCAGCGCCGUGUACUUCGCCGAAACGGACGACCCGGACUCGGGCUUCACCAGCAUCCCCGACGCCUUCUGGUGGGCCGUGGUCUCCAUGACGACGGUGGGCUACGGGGACAUGUGCCCGGUGACCAUCGGGGGGAAGAUCGUGGGCUCGCUGUGCGCCAUCGCCGGCGUGCUGACCAUCGCGCUGCCGGUGCCGGUCAUCGUGUCCAACUUCAACUACUUCUACCACCGCGAGACGGAGGGCGAGGAGCAGUUCCGGUACACGCACGUGACCUGCGGCCAGCAGCAGUUCGGGGAGCUCGAGCGCAGCGACAGCGGGUCGUCCCUGUCCAAGCUGGACCACCGAGACCGGGACGACCCAGACCCCGUGAUGCGCACCAACUGCAGCCCGCAGAGAGCCCGCAGCGGGAGGCUCACCGACGUGUGACCCCCCGCCGGGAGGGCGGCGCGCUCCUGGAUCAUCAGAGGAACCCGCACCCGCCACACGCACCACGUCUUCCAUCACGCACGAGUCAGGGAGGCAAAGGCUUAGAAAUGAUUGUAGCACUUUAAUAUUAUGAUUAAUGAUUCUCUUAGUAAUUUAUUGUAAUAAUAAUAAUGCAGGUUAACGUUUACAUUCGUUUUUUUCUGAGGCGGAGACAAUAUAAGACCAAAAUAAACCCAAAUAUGCAGACUGAAGAGGGUCACACACACACACACACACACACACACACACACACACACACGCACACGCGCGCGCGCUCGACUCUGCACAGAUGAUUUUUAAUCCUCAGUUUGUGAAUCAGGUGCAGCUUUUGUUUAUUGUUUUUCCCCAAACCACGACCGCCCCCGCGUGGAGGAGGAGAAGCCCCGCCCCCACGUGGAGGAGGAGAAGCCCCGCCCCCACGUGGAGGCAGUUCCUAUAGCAACCCUCCAGCCCUUCCUCCCCGUAUCGUCUGCCCUGAGAAACAGAAUGAGAUCCAGGAAAUGAUCUCACACUUCUUUAAUAAUCUGGCCAGUGACGUCAUCUAAACGUGCAGAGUUCAUGUGUAAAGUAAAAAAAACAAUUCAAGCUUGACUGAUUGACGCUAUUUAUAUCUGUUUAAUAUUAUCUGAUUUGAGAUAUUUAUCAGAAAACAUUUAUCGCCACAUAUGUCACCCAUUGGACUUGAUGAAUUGGUGCAAUGUAAUAAGAAAAUUUAAUAAAAUAAGAUAAGAAUAAAAAAUACUGUUAUAUGAACAGAAUUAUCUCUAAUUAACGAAAUCUACAAAGAUAUAAAAAUACUGAAAUAAUUAAGCCGCUUUUUGUGGGUCAAAUAUCUUGAAUUUGAACCUGUAACAGAAUUCCCUGAAUUAGUAUCAAAGCCGUCGCUUGUUAGGUUGAAACGUAACAUUUUGAAAAUCUACAUUUACAUGAUUUGAUAUUUUAUUUUAAGUUGUUUUGUUCAGCGUUUCACAAAUUAACUACAGACAUUUUCCAAAUUCAACUUGAGAAUUUUAGCCGCGUUUCUUUAUUUUAAAACCCCAUAAAUACUUAAUAAUAAUUUAUUAUUAAUAAUUUAAACUCAAAUUUCAAAAAUACCCAUUCCCUAAAUGAGGAACGCUCUCACGUUCAUCGAUCCAACCGAUCGCUGCCUGCCGGAUGAGCAACAAGUCGCCUCUUCAAAGUUUACAAAACUGACAAAUGAAAUAAAACUUGAGUUCAAGAAUCUGUGGGAUCAUCAGAGGACGGAUGGAUGAAGGGGAAUAACCAUCGGCACGCGGAUUACCAAAAGAUUCAUCACACCGGAGCACCGCUUGCACAGGAGCAGAACGACGAGUCGCUCCUCGUCACAGCAGGAGGUAACGGGAGCCCUGCUUCUCAAACCCGGCCACCUCCUCCACCUCGUCCUCCUCCACCUCCUCCACCUCCUCCACCUCUUCCACCUCUUCCACAAUCAAUAAUCAAUCAAUACUCAUCUGCUGUAAUGACAUGUUGACAAAAGAGGUCUGAAACACAGAACCACAAAAACAGCAUUCAUCUAUAUUUUUUGGAUCAUGUUUUAUAUGCGAGGAAUCGGUUCAUUCUUUUCUAGAUUAUUUUUCAUUGUUUUGCUUUGGUAAAAAACAAAGUAAAGAAUAUGUCUACACGUCGACAUAUAAAGAAUGUUAGUUUGGAGACGUGAGAAGUCAUCGCCUGCACACGUUUGACUCGAGCUUCCAUGUGAUUGUGAUUCCUGUUUUGACCAGAAUGCUGUUUCUCUCUUGUUAUUUCUGAUUAUUGAUGACGUUUACCUCAUCGCCGCCCUCCUGCCGCUCGCAUCAUCUAACAACGCUCCUCAAACUGCCAGUUGAGUAAAAAAAAGAAGCUAAAAAUGCUUGAGUGGAAAUGCAUGAAGUAGGGUUUGAUAUGUGUGUAGGGUUCGUUCAAUUCCAUUUUUAAAAUUAUUUUUUUAUUUAUUUUUUAAUCGCAUGAUUUUUGCCAUUAGUCGCGAUUAAUUGCAAAAUUGAAUUAAUAAUUCAAAAGUUGUGUGUGCACUUACUUAUGAAAACACUUUAAAUAUGUGUUUUUUAACAGCAGAGUUCCCUUUUCCCAGUAGUUGUUACAUAUUUCUUGAAAGUACACUUUUAAAAAUGAAUUAAAUCAAAGGCAUUAACAAGUGUGAAGUGCAAUAAUAACACGUUUACCUGCCCAGCACUAACACACACACACACACACACACACACACACACACACACACACACACACACACACACACACACACACACACACACAGAUAUAAAUAUAUCUCUCUGUAUAUAAAUAUAUAUGAAUAAGAUGCGAUAAGCCAAUAUCAGCCUUUUAUUUAAGCAUCCAGAACCCGACUCCACAGUUUCUUUUGCACAUUUUCAUUUAUUGAUGAAAUUGAUCGGUGGUGUGUGGGUGCUCUCUGUACACGGAUCAUUUCCAGGAUGUGUUAGCUUAGCUUGGCAAAAAGGCUGGGAGCAGUGGGAAACUGCUGGUUUAGCAUGUGACAAAGUGGUCUGGUUUCCAUGGUUUCAGGUUAUUUAGUGUCUGAGCUACUUGGCCUAACAAAGACAAGACGAGUUAUCCAAGUGACGGGGUGCUCUGAUUGGCUCGUCCGGAUAUCCCUACCCUCAUCCUGACCAAUCCCACCGACCGAGGCAACGAGUACCAGCCAAUCAGGGGUAUCGAGAACUUGCUUCUUCAAUGUCAAGAUACCUUUAGCAUAGCUUAGCAAACACACUGGGAGUGGGGGGAAACUAGCCAGAAAAUUAAAACCCGCUUCUCAGACCCCAAAGCUGAAUUCAGUUUCACGCAUUACUAGAUGUGAAUACAAACAAAUAUGUGAAGCUGUAAUGUAGUUUUUAGAAGUCACUAGCUUUGGAGCUACUUGUUAGCAUUUUGGAUGGUAGCAUUUAGAAGUCGUCCGGUCUUUAGCUUCGUCUCAUCUACAUUCGGCUUAUUCACAUCACAUCAUCCCACAACACGUCUUUCUUCUUUAUUUUACUGGAAGAUAACCGUUGACAGUUCCAGUCUUUGUGCUAAGCUAACUAGACGGUACACCCCACAACUCUGCUCAUGUGGGAGGUCACAGACCUUCAGGCCGGAGUCUGAAGGCCAGUUGAUCUGUUCUGGUGGAGGACGUCGGCUUUAUUGAUCAUUGAAGUCUCAACUAAGAAAACCGCAAUAAUGUGAAAGAAAAAAGCACUUUUUUCUUUCGUUUCUGUUUUUUAGUUUCCAUUUGCUUGUUUUGACAAUCUUCCAUUGUGAUUUAUUUUUUACUAAAUAAAUCUUUUGUCCCGAUCAGUUUUAAUCAGUUGUCAGUCAGAUCAAUUCUUAUUUUCUGUUGGUUCUGUUUUUUUCACCACUGUGAAGCCGGAUUAAAACUGUGUGUAGGUACAUGUGUGUACAUGUGUGUACAAGUGUGUGUCGUUUGUGUACAUGUGUGUACAUGUGUGUACAUUUUCUUUAUUAAAUCUUAACACUUGUCAGUGAAUGUUGAGCUGUGGAAGGCUUCACAAGUUUAGCUGCAUAUUAACUGUAGAAGUAACCAGUUGUUAGAGAAUAAUGUGAUAUAUUAAGUAAUAACAACGUCAUCAGCAGAAGUUAAGAGUGCCUUAAUCAUCAGCUAAUUUAAAGAAGAGGAAUGGUGUGUCUUUAAAUUGCAUUUAAAUAGUAAUAUAUGUAUAAUAAUGUAUCGUAGAUUAAUGUAAGUAGAGUAAAAAAUAAAUUUAAAAAUACAAGACUGAGGAUUUGUUAUUCAUAUUUCUUGUUUAUUUUACUCUUCAAUAAAAACACAGAUUAAUAAACUGUGCAGACGUGUAAAUGUUCAGAUCAAAAUAUGUUUUAAUAUUUCUUGAGUAUUUUCUGGAUCGUAUUCUGCAUAUCAAAGCUCGGAUUUGGGAUCCUUAAGUUAGAUAAAGAAAUAUGCAGAGUUAUUUGUGAUUGUGUCCUCCGGACGUUUAUCAUUCAUUUAUUAUCCCUGCAGCUACGUUACGAGUGAUCUCAUUCCUGAGUGAAAAGCUACUUAAGACGAAACAUUUGAUUAAAACUGAUUUAAGAUAAAUGAGGACAAAGAAAACUAUUUUUGUUUCACAAACUGAGCAAAGCAUAAAAUAUCUUUAAAGGUGUUUAACUGUAAAGUCCAUCAUUUAGCAGUUAAAAAGCUAGCUGUUCUUAUGCUAAGCUAACCGUGUGUAGCCUCAGUUAAUAGAUGAAGGAAAAUGAUUUAUUACCCAAAUCUUGUAGUAGCUAUUUGCUGCUUCAGUUGUUUUAUUUCUAUUUAUUUCUUUGUAGUUAAACAAAUGGGAUAAAAAUAUCACUUCGGCUGCAAAAAAAAAACCUCAACUUGUACCGACCUUAUUUUUAUAAACUUCUUGUGUCUGUGUUUCUGGUUUAAAGUUAAACAACCGAAAAAAGAGAACUAGUUGCCACCGGAUGUAAAUCGUGCUGGACUUGGUCAUCCUGUACUAUGCACACCAGAGGCAUUCUGGGUAUUCAUGGUGGCCUUUUCUUUGUCUUUACUGUACCAACAUCGUGUAUGACAUCAUGUAUGUCAAAGUUUAUGUUUUUACCUCCUGUUCAUCAAAUAAAUGAACUGCUCAAA